GGCAGCCCUCCCAACAGUCUCACAUCAAACCCUUUCUAGCCAAUUCAUAUCCCUGCCUGGCCUCAAAUCCAGGAGGUAUUCGACUGCGAACGAUGUCAGCGUACUUCCACUUAGGAUACUUGGAGGGCCUUCCACGGUCCAUAUUCUAGAGAAUUUGAAGCCUCCAUAUAUAUUGGAGCCCUCCCAAGGUCUCCCUACCACCACCUCGUUGUUUUCAAUCCACCGUCACCUUCAAAACCAUGUUCCCGUUCCCUCAGCUCGAGUUUUCGACCCUCGUUCCCGUCCAGGAGGCGGCGUUCGAUGCGUCUGCAUAUUAUCUUCACGAUCCAGAGAACAAUUGCUGUUCCUUCCCAGACGAACCUUUUCUGGGAGAACAUGGAAUUUCUUUGCUAUCAGAUGAUACUACCUGGUAUGAUGAUCAUGCCGAGCAAUCGUGUGCAUCGGCCAUGCCAGCUUUGUCUCGUCUGCCAACGUUUCAUAUGGAUUACCCGAACACCGCUGGCGUUUUCGGCUACUCGGAUUAUGUGCAAAGUGCAGCAAACGACUACGACACAUCCCAAUACUACUACCCAAACUUCGGAUCUCACAUCCCUGUGCAAUCCAUCCCCGCUGUAAUGUCCGUUCAAGCCACUGAAGUCGGCGUUCCUGCCGGACACCUCGCUGGUGCCGAAGGAGACUUGGGACCCUUCAGCCGGGAUGCUUGCGCCGUCGCCACUUCAAUUGGCUUCCCCGUCACACCCGAUACGCCAGGCUCUGCUUUGGAAGUUUCACAGGCGUAUCCCGUCCCAAUCCAGUUUACAAACACCGCAACCCUGGGGUCUCCACAAGUAACAUCACAGCCCGACUGGAAGCCUUGUAAGUGGAAAUCCAAUCAGGGGGGUAUGUGCGGCGAACUCGUGGGUUGGCACUGCGAGGGCCAUCUGGCCGCUGUCCACGGAAUCGUUGUACAUGGCAAGUAACAAACUCGUCACCUGCGGUGCUUGUGGCAAGGGCAUGAAGCGGAAGUCCAUCUUAAGGCAUUUCCGAGAGAAACAUCUUGGAUUCCGUCGCUCAAAGUGAGAUUCCUCGUGGAACCCAACAAUUGC